AUGAGUCUUGUCAUAGUGAUGCGCAUCCACCCGAAAGUCUUUUGCCCUUAUUUUAUUGCUGAUUGUGCAAGUCUUUGGCGAGUCCAGACGCGACGGAGUGCGAAUGGUUGGCAGGUGAGUUCGCUGGGCCGUGUGCAGGACUCUCGGGCCAGGGUCAGCUACGGGUCCCCCCAAAGCGGGGGGUAUUUGUGUGCGACAAUCGACGGGAAGCGCUACUCAGUGCACAGACUAGUGGCUGCAGCCUUUAUUGGGGGUUCGACUCCAGAAAGGUGGCAGGUAAACCACAUUGACGGCGAUCGCAGGAACAACCAAGUUGCCAAUCUGGAAUAUGUUUCUCACGCGGAAAACAUCCGCCACUCGUUCAACUUCAAUAUGAACCGCAAGAAGCCAGAGAUUGGACGGGGCAAGGCCGUCCAGUGGCGCCGUCUCGGAGAAAGCAACUGGUCAACCUGCUCAUCCCAGUUGGAAACUGCGAGGGUGCUAGGACUGCCACGGAAAUCCGUGUCAUUGUGUUACUGGGGCAAAACAGAGGGAGAUUUUUCUCGCGGCAUGUACUUUGAGAUCAAGUGUGCAAAGCAGGAGCCAGAUCCGCUCGCGGGCGAAGACUGGAAGCGGGCCAUACAUCCAAACAGUGGUCUGCCGAUCCAGGAUCUCAUGGUUAGCAGCUUUGGAAGAGUUUGGUCGAAGUCAUCCCGGCACGACUACGUCUCGUUCGGAAGCAACACUGCAGAUGGAUACCGGGCAGUGAAGAAGGCUGGGCAUAAUUUUUUCGUACACCGCCUUGUAGCCGCAACCUUUCUGGGCAAGGCCGAAUCGUCCGAGCUGGUUGUCAACCACUUGGACUCCAACCGCGCAAACAACCACAUGGAGAAUUUGGAGUAUGCCACCAGAUCGCAAAACCUAUCGCACGCAUACCGCCAGGGUCGUAGGAGCACGGGCAGUCCUAAGGCACUGCAGGCGCGAACGCUGACACCUGAAGGGCCCUGGCUCGAUUUCGAAAGUAUCCAAGAAGCCGGUUUGCAUACCGGUCUGUGCCCGCAGGAGAUCGGCCGGCUUUGCCGAGGGCUUUCUACAGGUGGCAUAAGCUGGGAGUUUCGACGCAAGGAGGCAGAAGAGCUCGAAGGUGAAGAAUGGCGCCCGGUAGUGCUAGAAGGCGCUCGAGCUCCAAUGAAGCAGCACUUUGUAGUGGAUUGA